AGCCACGUGACCCCGGGCCCCGCGGGAGCCGAGCAGCUCGUUCCAGUUCCGGGAGCCGGAGGGGGCCGGGCGCGCCCUGCCCCCAGCCCGCCGCGACCAUGCUGUCCCGCCUGCUGAAAGAACACCAGGCCAAGCAGAAUGAACGCAAGGAGCUGCAGGAGAAGAGGAGGCGAGAGGCUAUCACUGCAGCGACCUGCCUGACAGAAGCUUUGGUGGAUCACCUCAAUGUGGGCGUGGCCCAGGCCUACAUGAACCAGAGAAAGCUGGACCACGAGGUGAAGACCCUACAGGUCCAGGCUGCCCAGUUUGCCAAGCAGACAGGCCAGUGGAUCGGGAUGGUGGAGAACUUCAACCAGGCGCUCAAGGAAAUCGGGGAUGUGGAGAACUGGGCUCGGAGCAUCGAGCUGGACAUGCGCACCAUUGCCACCGCGCUGGAGUACAUCUACAAAGGGCAGCUGCAGUCGGCCCCCUCCUAGCCCCACUGCCCUCCCCUCCCCCACUCCUCCUGCCUCCCCCAGGCGGGCAGGAAGGAGGGUGACAGGCCAUGAAUAAAACACAAGCCUCCA